AAGAACUCCGAAAUCAUGGCAGGGAAACCCAAGCUUCACUACUCCAGGGUGAGGGGGAAGAUGGAGUCAAUCCGAUGGCUGUUAGCAGCAGCUGGGGUUGAGUUUGAGGAAGAAUUCAUAGAAACGAAGGAAGACCUAGAAAAAUUACGCAGUGAUGGAGUCCUGCUUUUCCAGCAAGUGCCUAUGGUGGAGAUUGAUGGGAUGAAGAUGGUGCAGACUAGAGCCAUCCUCAGCUACAUAGCAGCAAAGUACAACCUCUAUGGGAAAGACCUGAAGGAGAGAGCCUGGAUUGAUAUGUAUGUGGAGGGAACAACAGACCUGAUGGGAAUGAUCAUGCAGCUUGCUUUUCAACCAGCUGACACAAAAGAAAAGCAUCUUGCCUUAAUCAUUGAACGAGCUACAAAAAGAUACUUUCCUGUUUAUGAAAAGGUGAGUGAUAAAUCACCAGUAGUCCACUAA